AUGGGGGGAGCCGCUCGUUGUUUGUCGCUCGCCCUCGUCCUCCUCCCGCCGCUCCUCGCCUCGGCGCAGCAUCGCUGCCGGCUCGGCGACGUGCGGCAGCCCGACGGCAGCUUUCAGCUCGGCAGCUGCGAGGAGCUGCUCCUCUUUGGCGAGAGCGUCGGCGACGGCGGCGCGAUCAAGCUCGCAUCGGCUCUCGCCGGCAACACCAAGCUGCAGCUCGUCGACCUCUGGCACAAUGGGGUGGGCGCCGCCGGCGCGAAGGCGCUCGGCGCCGCCAUCGCCAAGAACACCGUCCUCAAGCGGCUCUACCUCAACGAGAACCCGCUGGGCGCCGAGGGCGCAAAGGGCAUCGCGGCGGGCCUGGCCAAGGCGCGCGGGCUGCGCCACCUGUGGCUGACCCGCACGAACGCGGGCGACGAGGGCGCGGCUGCACUCGCCACGGCGCUCGCCGCGAACCACGUGCUGGAGGCGCUCGACAUGUGGGAGAGAACGCUGCUGGCGCCGCCGCCGAUCGAUCCCAGCGGCGACGCCACAGCAGGCUUGUCCUCUGCUCUCCGAUGCGCCGAUUGA